UGGCGUUGAAAAUGAACGUAGAUUAUGUAGUAAAAUACAAAAGUAAAUUGUCAGCGCCCAGCAGUUGUCGUCAGUGUUGAGAAGUGAGUCAAUGGAAUGCGUUGUGAGAAACUGGAAUAAAAACUUGAAAAACCUGUAAAUAUAAUUACUUUUUAGUAUAUGCCCACAAAAUAAAAAUGUUAUGUACAUAUUUGAUUGUGGACGUACCACACAAUUUUUAACAACUAGAAUACAAAGACCAUUCUCAGCCUGUAGAAAUUUAAAGUAACAAAGAACGCCAUUGCCAAAAAAGACAGCGUUAAAAGGAUUAUUAUGGAUGAAAGGAUUUAAUAAAAUUUUUAUAAAUAUCACAUGAAUCAGCAAAAUAUUUAAACAAAGAAAUAGAUAGAAAUACAACUGACUAUUAAAGCUAUGAAAAAUAAAUAAGCAAGUUUAUUUUCAUCGUAUAUCUUUUUCAUUAAAUGUUACACCAAGUAUUGCAUUUAUUAUUUUGGUGUUUAUUUGUGUCCAACAUUAAUGUUCAUUGAUUUUUGUUUUAUUUUUGAAUUUUUGUACUGUUUUUAGUGUGUUUAGGAUAACGUCUGUUCAAAUGUCUACGAAACUAUGAGCUGAUGUAACCAAAUCAUUUUGUAACCAAAGUAUUUUAAUAAAAUACGUACUUAAAUGACUGUAUAUAUACAGGAAUCAAAAUACUGAUAUCUAUCAACGUCGAGGGAAUUAUUUCUGAUAACAACUCAGUUGUCAAGAAUGAGUGAUCGUUUAAAAGCUAUUAAAGAGAAAUCAAAAUUAAGAAGAAAGUUGUUAGCUCCCAUUCUUGGUGCUUCUGAUGCAGAUAGGAUUGGAGAUGUAUUGGGAAAGAAAGAAAUUCUAAAAACUGUUGUAAAGGAAAAAGAAAGAACAGUUUUGGAGAAAAAGUCAAAAGAUAUUUCUAAUUCUAAGAGAAAAGCUGUUGAGGCAUUUGAGUUGCCUGGAAUACUUACAGAUGCUCCCCCUGAGGUUGUAUUGUCUGAUGACAAACCAAUAGCUAAGAAAAAGCCUAAGAAAGAGUUUGCUGAUGAUGAAGAAGAAGAUUAUUCAGAGGGAGAGUUUGAGGAGAUGCAAGAAGCAUUUUAUAAAGACAGUAGUACAUUCUUAAAGGGUACGCAAAGUGAAAAUCCUCACAAUGAUUAUUGUCAACAUUUUGUGGACACAGGACAAAGACCUCAAAAUUUUAUUCGAGAUGUUGGUUUGGCUGACAGGUUUGAUGAGUAUCCAAAAUUGAAAGAACUUAUAAGGUUAAAGGAUGAGAUCAUUGCCAAGCGAGCAACACCACCAAUGUAUUUGCAAUGUAAUUUGGAGUCUUUUGAUUUACGUGAUCUUGAAUGUAAAUUUGAUGUUAUCCUUUUGGAUCCACCUUUGGAAGAAUAUCAACGACGUGGUUCUGGUAUCUCACACAAUUGGCGACCGUGGGACUGGGACGAGAUUAUGAAACUUUCUAUAGAAGAAGUAGCUGCUCAACGAUCCUUUAUAUUUUUAUGGUGUGGUUCACACGAAGGUCUUGAUGAAGGACGAAAAUGUCUGCGUAAAUGGGGCUAUCGUCGCUGCGAGGAUAUUUGCUGGAUCAAAACAAACAAAAAAAAUCCUGGCAACGUUAAAUUUCUAGAACCGAAUGCCAUAUUUCAACACACGAAGGAGCAUUGUUUAAUGGGAAUCAAGGGAACUGUGAGAAGAAGUACAGACUUUGAUUUUAUUCAUGCAAAUGUUGACAUUGAUCUCAUCAUUACAGAAGAGGUGAAUUAUACAAAAAUAGAAAAACCAGAGGAAAUAUUUCAUAUUAUUGAACAUUUCUGUUUGGGAAGGAGACGAUUGCAUUUGUUUGGCAACGAUAGCAGCUUAAGACCAGGAUGGCUUACUGUUGGUUCUGAUCUUUCAAGCUCAAAUUAUUCUAGUGAUACAUACAACUCAUUCUUUGAAAGUUCUCCUACAGACUAUCUUGUUGGAGAUACGCCUGAAAUUGAGAAUCUCCGACCAAAAUCUCCCAAAGCCAAAAACAAAGGAGAUGGUGGAAAAGGAAGGGGAGGUUCUGGUGGCCCCACGUGGGUAUCGCGUGGAAUGCGGGGUAUUGGUGGUCGUGGGACAGGGGGGAGAGGGGGAUUAACUAGAGGCAUAGGCUUUUCUAUCCGUGGAAAUCGUGGUUUAAAUCGAGGUGGUUUUCCUACUCGUUAGACAGGUCGUGUUAUGCUUGACAAUAUUUCAAUUUUUAUUUUGAUGUGGACUUGGAACGUCGAUAUUUUAACUAGAAGAUAGUUUCAAAUGAAGAAUUUUGGCUUUACCAA